GUACAAUGCAAUGAGGUUUAUGAAGUGGCGAGGCGUAAUCUUGGCUCUUUGAUUUAGUGUGUUUCCUCCUUCUUAUGGGGCUGAUCAGUUCGUAAGACACUCAAAAUAUGGAUUUAAUAAUUUCAGCAGCGUUUUGGAUGCAAAGCUGAAGUUAAAGCGCUAUCUUGGAAGACAAACUUGCGGUACGCGUUACCGCGUCGACAACUCGUGAGGACGCCAUUUUGUAUCAUAUCGAAUUUUCGUAGCGACUGAACGACGUAAAAUUCUAAUCAGGACGAAAUAUGACAAACUUUGAGAGCGGUAACCGAAAGUGGACACAAGAUGAAAUAAUCAACAACACGAAAAAUGUUGUUCGAGGGUUAGAAACGUUGAAAAAUGAACACUCUGGACUGCUGAAUAAUCUCGACUCUAAUCGCGAUAAAAAUGAAGAUGAAUCGGAACUGGAGAGAGAAAAAGGCUCAAUUAUCCAGGAAUCUAUCGAGAAGAUCGAAUUGGGAUUAGGAGAGGCUCAGGUAUGAAAUUAAAUCUUAAGUAAAAAGCUGUUUCUUUGCGGUGUUCGUCGUGGUGGAAGUGAAAAUAUGGUUGUCAUAAAAACCUAUGGUAUGUAAGCGUAAUUUCGGUCCUUAAUUUCAAUUUUAAUGCACUUGGUAACAACCGGUUUCGCUACAUGCACUUGAACUGAAGAAAUUAGGUUACUGUCAACUCUCAAGUUUAAAGAGGGAACGUAAAUUUUAUAGGCUCGAUUGUUUUGUGUAGAGAUGUUUUCAACGCCAGUUUAUAAUUUAUCGUUGAUGUUUUGUUUAGAUCACACUCAUUCAACCAACGAGAUGAUGAGUCAGGUCAAUUUUCAUAUGAUCAUGAAACUUCACUCAGCAACGUGCCGAUCGAUUUUAUCAUUAUUGUCGAUAAUUAAUCUGAAAAUUAAUGUAGCUUUUGUCGGUAAAGUGGGGCUACGGUAGAUGAACUUCUGUGGAAUAUUCACCUUUUGAUAUAAAACAACUGAUGUAGAAAUAGAUAUGUUAAUAGUAAGAAAUCUAUACUUUAUAUGCCCCUCUAGAACCUUCUAGAAUUCUGACUAAAAGUCGGUAAAAAAAAAAUAAUGAAAAAAUAGUUUUUAAAUUAUGUAAAAAUUCAAAAUUUCCUCUGUUCUUGGUCAGAUGAAAUUGGCACAGUUGAUCAUGUACAGCAUCAUAUGCAAAAAACAUUUGUAAACAAAAGUGUUGUUUAAAUAUUUCUGAGCGGUCAUCAGUAACUAUGUUUGAGACCUUGCAGAGAGAAUAUUUUUUAUUCUAUUAGUUAAUAAAUUGUGCCAAACCUCCAUGGUUAUUCUUGGGAAGUUUUUUUUUGCUGUUGCAGUUUGUUUUUAUGGAAUUUUUUUCUCUGAAAAAAAUAACACAUGAUUGAUCAUCAUUUCCCAGCCUCUUAGCUUCCUUUUCACUCUUGUUUUACUAGGAAUUUUUUCUAGGAAUUUGUGCUAGUGUUGGGAACUACCUGAGAUUUCAGAAAUAACUGGACUGACCCUACAGAUAGAUCAUCAGUUACAGUUCGAAAAUGUGUUUUUAUAAGAAUUCUAUUCAUUUUUUUAUCUGUGUAAGUUAAAGUAAUAUAAACUUUAGGUAAGUUUCGCCAAAAUAUUGUGACAGUCUAACUAAUGCGAACAAAUCAAAACCCUUAAAAGAGAAUGUUAGAGAAAACUGAGCACAGUCGUUGUGCCGUACCCAUGUUUUAGAACAUGUCAAAAAUGUGAAAAGUAUCGUUAGCUGCCAAUGAUAUGAUUCUGUUAAAAAGGCAAGGCACAAGUUUUAUUAUUCUCAUUUGGUAACAAUCAUUUUUUUUCGUAUUUUUCUGGACAAUGGAUUAUUAUCAGGUGGCUUAAGGUUUUUACCAUUGUUUGAUUAUAAUCCAUGGUCAGCAUACCACUAAUUUCUUCCACUAGGAAAUAUUACAGUGCAUUUGUUUUUAGAUAUGUUUUUAUGCCCGUGAAAAAAUUGAGUGAUAACUAUUUUAAAAGGACAAAGUUUUGUGUUUUUUAAUAUUAUAGAUGGAUAUCAAUGACUAUAAAUCCACUUGAAUUCUGCACUGUUUGAGGCAUUCAAACAAUGUAAUGAGUCAAUACUUUGAGCCAAUAUCCUUACUGGUGUGAUUAAACAUUUUUUUAUUCUUCCCAAAAGUUGUAGCUGAUUACAGGUGUUAACCAUUUUCCAAGAACAGAAAGUGGCAUUUUUGAAUAGUUGAAAUAGUUAUGAUUAUUGUCAUAACAUUCAAGAAGAUAAAUUAAAGGAAAAUGCUAAGUUUUGAAGAAUUUUAACAAACUGCUUUUAUUACACAAGAUCAUGGUGUUAUACUUGAAAUCAUUUGAUGUGGCAGUUUUCAAAACUUCCUUAUCACUAGAAAGUGAAAGCAAUAAAAUUAUUUAAAUUUUCUCAAAGUGACGUAAAGAAUUUCAUCUUUGACAAAGAUGGUUUCUGACAGUCCUAAGGAAAUUAAGGUUUUUGUCAAUGUUUAUUGAAGCAGGACAAGAUUUGUCAAUCUUCAAAGUCAUAAGUUUUAUGAGAUGAACAGCAAGAUGUGAUAAGAAGGUAAAAAAUUUUUACAUCCUAACGAAAGCUUUUAAAAUUUUAUUGCUAAUCAUAUCAGUUAUAAUUUGUAAAUCACAUGUAGAUGAGAUUAUUUACAAAUAUAUUUAUGAUAAUUAUUCUGCUGAAUGAAUUUGUCAUCUCAUGUAGUUGCACUUUCACAUUUUUGCAACUGUGGUAUGGGUAUGAUAUACACCACUAUAGAUGUCUCCUCUAUAAAAUAGUUGACUCUUUUAUCCAGGUUUAAAUCUACAUGGUUUCAGUACUUGGCCUGUAGAAAAAUCAAGCUUUUUUAGGUAGGUAGACGCCUCCUGUAUUGACUUUCCGAGAGACGUUUGGCUGAGAUAAGAUUCAAGUACAGCCAGCGUGGCAGGUGGUUUAAAAUAAAAAGGGAAUGACGAAGAAUGAAAAUUGGUUUACAAACAUCAUGAACACACUAGACAAAAAUCAAGUAGGAUGUUGCAAAGAUGGUUGCUCAACUCUUCAGUGCCUUAAAGGUCCUUAGAGUACUUUUAAUUAGUCACUUUUGCUUUUUCAAAAUACAAGUAAUAACAUGCAAGAAUAUUGGUAAGGUUGUGGCAUUUUGUCUGCACUAUGGGAUUUUAUCCAGCCAUUGAAGAGUAAGAACUACAUGCAAGUUAAAUGUGUCAAGAAUUGAUUCUUUGGUUUGACAGGGUUGAUAUUUGCUCCUUGCUAAUAUUAGAAAAUUUAUCCAAUUUUUUCUUAUCUUUUUGAAAUCUGCCUUUGUCAGGUGAUGAUGGCAUUGUGUAGCCAUCUUAGUACCGUUGAGGCUGAGAAGCAGAAGUUGAAAGCUCAAGUGCGACGGCUUUGCCAAGAAAAUGCCUGGCUGCGGGAGGAACUGUCUGUCACUCAGCAGAAACUACAGGAGAGUGAACAAAAAGUAGCUCAACUUGAGGAAGAGAAAAAACAUUUGGAGUUCAUGAAUUCAAUUAAAAAAUAUGAUGAUGUAAGUCAGUAGAUUCUUCAAAUUAAUCAUGUGUUGAUCACAUUCUCCCAUGCACUCUUGCACAGCUUGAAUAAAAGGCUUUUGUUUUAUUUUUUUCAUUUCAUGUUUCCGCACUUCUUGGAACUAUUCCAAAUUAGGAUAAACAUGUAAGUUUUACCAUUUUUUUGUUAUUUACUAUGGGUGGGUGGGCUAGAGUUGAGACCAUAGGAUUGAAACUAUCAGUUUCAUUUUCACCUCUCACAUUUUCUGUGAAAUAUAUCUUUGUAUUGACUUUUUUUUUUGUUGUUAUAUUCAUCAUCAUCAUUAUAACCCUCCUCAUCAUCGUCAUCAUCAUCAUCAUUUACUUAUCUGGGUGUUAAAUUUAUGGUAUUUGGUACAUGUUUUUGUUGUGGAGCUUCAUUAACUCCAAAUUAUUGAAGUUAGUACUGAGAGACUUAAUAAAUUCGUUGUAACAGGAUGAGGGGAUUGAAAAUGAUAUUAGUAUCGAUCUGCUGUCCCAAGAUGAAGAGGAAGUAGAUGAAGUUGAUGGUAUGUAAAAUUUUUUGUUUAUUAUUUGUGUCACAUACAGUGAACUCCCACUCCCCAUCUCUUUGCCAGGUUCAUUUUUCUAAGUGUCCAUCGUAUAGAGACUUACAGCGUUGUUAAGACAUAUACGCAAAAUUCAGUUGUGACAGGCCAGGUACGAUGUACAUCCUAGAAAAGUGUUGGCCAUAUAGGAAAGAUUUACAAUUUUGAGGAUGUUUACUGUACCCUAAACAUCAAUAGAUGUAUUAUCUUCAUUUCCUCAAUACCAACACGGAGAAUUUGUUUUAAAAAAAUAAAAGUAAUAUCCUUGCUGAUUACAUCUUUUAUUCCCAAAAUCACUUGGAGUUUUGUACCAUUUUAUAAUGCGCAAGUCUGGUUUCCUGUUUCUUUAGAUGAAACGUUAAGUCAAGCAUCGUCUGCAACUUCAGCCAGUGCAUCUGGUGUUUAUGAGAUCCCAGCACGGUUAAGAACUCUUCACAAUUUGGUCAUACAGUAUGCAUCUCAGGUAGGAUUUUUACUCUAAAGAAUGUUACAUCUUUAAUAAUUAAAGAUGUAACGUUCUUUAAGUAAAUUAUUACACUGAUGCAGGGCUGUCAUUAAGAGCUGGGGGCCGGGGAUUUCCCCCGGCUACUAUGAGUGUGGUCCCCGGCUUCGUUUAAUGGAAAAUAAAAGAAAAUUAGAACCAAAAGAAACCCCUAGGUGUUUGAUUCCCUGCCUACUUGUUGUAUUUACCUGACAACUCGAAAUCUUAACGACAACCAUGUUGAUGUGUCAAAUCAGACAGAUGGAGACAUAGACGUAGUUUUUCGUGAUGAAUAGCAAUAUCACAGCUUUGUGUAAGGAAACUAGUUACAUAUAACAUAAAUCUAGUUGGAUUCUUCCAGUGUUAUGAAUAGAGUACCAAGUGAACUUGGGUUGCCCUUGAACAUGCUUGAAUAAAAUAAUAAGCCCCUCAGGGGCUUAAUAGAGGAUUGACAGUACUUUUUUUUGCUGUUAGGGUCGAUAUGAAGUGGCUGUUCCUUUGUGCAAGCAAGCUCUUGAAGAUCUAGAAAAGACCUCAGGCCAUGAUCAUCCAGAUGUUGCGACAAUGCUCAAUAUCCUUGCUCUUGUGUACAGGUAAUAAUUUUUGGGCCAUUAAUUACUUUUGCUGAGCAGAGGUUUGUACACACUAACUUCAAGCUUUACAGAUGCACAGUUACUUGUAUGAUGUCUCCUUGAAGCUUUCUUGCAGGUGACAAGAAGGUUUUGUUGAACGCAUAUUCUUAGUUUCGUCUUGUAUAAAACUGACCACCAUGUUUAAUCCUCAAAUAGAGGUUUUAUUUUAAUUGUUUAUUGUUAUUCAAAAGAUUUUGUUUGCAUUGAGACACAAUGCACAACUCCAUUCCAAGUUUUCUUGAUUGACCAGGGAGAGUAAGGAUAAAUAAUAUGUUAUUGAUAAAUAUGUUAGUGCAUAAUACCUCACUCCUUGUACUGUACAUGCACAAUGAUUGACAAUCUGUCUUGUUGAGUAUUCUUUGACAAAGCUGCUAUGAAUAUACCCUACAUGGGAAUCAGUAGACAACUACAUGUACUAUCAUCCCAUUCAUAACAUCAACCCGUUCAUCCUAUCCACAAAUAGCUUAUUAGAACCAAUCACAUCAAACAUCUGCAGCAUUUUUACAUUUAUCAGUAAAUGAAACGAUUUGAACAUAGGGAGGUUAAUGUCUUGCAUCUGCCAUAUACAUAUGUAAUGAACUCAACGAGAUAUUGUGCAUCAAGGCAUGCAGAAUCUUAGCAUUCAUUUCCCUCAUCAGAUACAAUAUAGUGCACCCAGCUGUAGAUCUACCUAAAAAUGUCCUUUGGGACAUAAUUAAUUUCCUCAUGAACCCGGUGAGACACUGCAUAGAAGAAGAUCACGGCUUGGACAGGGUUACCUUCAAGCACACACAGCUUAUGCUUGCUGCUAGUUCGGAAGCAUCCAUGGUGGACAGUGCUAUGACAGACAGUGAGUUGUCACUUGUAUCGGAAAUCAUGUUUGAUCAACAUGACAAAUUAUCGGCAAGGAUGGAGACCGUUGAGGAAACUGUUGGACAGUUCUUAUGUGGACAUGUGGCAAGCCCAGCUAUUAGAGUCUCAAAUGUAUAGGUGCGAGAAAGGACAAUCUCAGAUGAGCUGACCACAAAUGUCUUAAAGUUGGGGCAACAAAGUCAGUGAAAUUACAGCAAAAGUGUAGCAAAUUAUUAUUUGAUAUUGAAUGAUACCUCUCUUCUAACAUAAAGACAGUCUUGAAGCUUCUUGUCAAUUUUUAUCGUAGAAAGAAAUUUUUUUCCUUUCUUGAAUGACUUUGUUAUUUGACUAUUUAAGUUGCUUAAUUCUCUUCUUUUUGAAAACAUUCACUCUCGUAUGCUGAAGCCAUUGUUAGUGAUUCGAUAUUUUCCUGAUGUAAAUUCUUCCCUUAUUCAAAAUAUUUUGUUGAAAUGUGGAUUAUGGUUGAACAUGUGGUUGCUUUUCACCGUAAAUUUUGUUGCUGUUAGUUUUUUUCCUUCACAAGUUUAACUCAUUCAUUUUCGACUUUGAUCUGACACUGUAAUAACAAAUAUUGUGAAGAGGAAAAAUAUUUUAUUUUGUAAAAUGUAAUGUAGUGAACAGAUAAGAAAUAUAUCAAACUGUUAAAAUGUUCAAAAGAGUAUGUGCAAAUGUGGCAGUCAGAUGUGUAGAGUCUUAACUUGAGUUUUGCAGUUAUUGCUUCAAAUAUUUGAAUGAAAGCUGUUUGCAGUCCGCAAAGUUCUUUGUUUGAUGUUAUAUGAAAUCUGCAAGGAAUACAAUACAACAUGAGAGAGAACAGUGGAUGCUGGGUGUUGGACAGUUCUGGUGAACACCAACCUAUCCUUCAUCUGUCCCCUCAACAAUAAUAUUAUUACCUUUCCCCUUUGAUGGCAGGUUAAAUUACUCAAACUUUAAAUUUGAAGUAACAUACAAAAGUGACAGUCAUGUGAAGUUUACACCUCUUUUGUGUUGUCAAUUAUCUCUCAUUAUCAAAAAUGAGCAUCAAACAUGAAUUCUUGCUAUACAGCAUGCAAGCAAUACUCCAAUACCGAAGAAAACUGCUUGGUGGCUUUCAUUGGAUUGGUCACACUUAAGAAUUUCAUCUGUAGAUUCAAACGUUAAAACCAUCUUCCACAACACAGUACCACAGGAAAGUAAUGCUUUUUAGCCUUUAUUUGGUUGCGCUGUAGAAAUUCAUCAAGACUUAAUAGUAAGUAUGUUGGAACCACCUUGUACAGCAUGAUAAACAACACAGAAAAUUACUGGUCUAUUUGCUUCAAUGAAAUAGCCGCAUAAGACAAUAGUAAUAGAAGUGUGCCGCUUGCAUGAUACCUGGAUUCACUAUGAACUACACAGUAAAAUCACAUCAUCUUGAUAAAAUUCAUUUUUCACAUCCAGUCAUCUUCGGAAGUUUUCAUCCUUUUUUUUUCACAUCCACUGGUGACUGACAAAAAAACUUUUGGUUACAUCGUACAGGUCUUUUCUCUUCCAUCUAUGCCUGUGGGAGCGGCAAUGCAAGACAGGCUAAUGGCUGUGUCAUGCCACCUAUAAUAUGGAGAAAAUAAACAGCAUAGUAUGAAGAUUAUAAGUUGAAAGUCCUUUGCUUUGUAAAAGCAACACUGUGAUAACAGAUUUUACUAUUCUAUUUUUCUAGUUUGUAUUUUCCUAAUGUUUUUCUGCUGAGCAACUUAUCAAAUGCAUGAUGUGAUAAUAGUGCAUAAUUAUUUUUACAAGAGUGAUAAUUUUGAAUUAUUAUAAUGUAUUUUUGCCAAAAAAGGGAAAAUUUUAAGUUUAAGCCCCUUGCUUAGUGAAAGCAACACUAUAACAGGUUUUUUUAAGUGAUCUUCUCCUGAGAAACUGCAAGUUUUUCUUGUCCAAAACAUUUCUAGAAGUUGUCACCAAGAUAGGUGGCACAUUCUUGUUGCCCUCUAGUUACCCUCCUUGUCCCAAAUCUCCAUUCUUCCCCUUCAUUUUGUCUUUCUUUUUUAUUCUCAAUGUACUUGGAAACUAUAAGACUAUCAUUGACCAUCGUUGUGAGUUCCGAGUUUUUCUGUAAAAUUUUAGAAACAGCUAAAGAUGUAUAGAAAAAAAAUUGGUUUGGAUAAACAUGAAUGCGCGGUAUUCCUUGAGGAAGAAAUUAAGGGCCUGCAACAACCCAGAUCUGGGAUGAUCUGUCAUAAUAUUUGUGUAUUUGAGACAACCGGAAACAACAUCAACCAACAAAUUUUUACAAUGUUCAAUGCAGUCAAACCCCGCUCUAUGGACACCCAUUUAAUACGAACAUCUCAUUAUUAUGGACACCCACCUAAUAUGGACACCUGCUUAAUACGGACACCUGUGUAAUAUGGACACCUCAUUAUUAUGGCGACCCACUUAAUACAGACACCUGCUUAAUAAGGACACCUCAUUAUUAAAGACACCCACUUAAUGUGGACACCUCAUUACUGUGGACAGUUUGCUUUGUCCCUGGGGAAAGAAAGCGCUUACAUUUUCUCUAAAUUCAACCUGCUUAAUAUGGCACCCUGUUAAUACAGACAUUUUCAAUGGCCCCCUCGGUGUCCAUAUUAACGGAUUUUGACUGUACUUGACAAGAAUGUGAAAAAAUAUAUUUAACGUCUAUGUUCAUCAAUCGGUGACUCUGUAGCCAUAUCUGUGGCCUGAGUGUUCAGGCACCUCGAGCAUUUUAUAAACACUAGCUAACCAAAAAAUUGGUAGUUCAAACAGAGUUCCAACAGACCUCUUCAGCUUGAUGUUUUGUUUUCCUAAUGUAGGUCAUGUGACAUUGCUCGGAGGAACUCUUUCAUAUUUUGUCUUAUUCAAGUUUAUUUGUGUGCAUAGGUUAUGCAAAGGUAAAGGUUGAAUACCCUAGAGAACAUCAUGUGACUUAGCACUGAAUAAACAAAACACAAGCUAAUGAGGUACAAAUAUAGAGAUUUUGGGGGGAAGGGGGUUAGGGAGAUGGAGUGAUGCUAAGCGAAAUUUUAAGGGGUAUUGAAAUUUUGUUGCUAAUGGAGGGGAAACACGAAUGUAGUGUGCAGGGACAAUCUGGUCUUUUGGAAUACAUUAGAAACUAGCUUUAAGUAUAGAUCUAAAUCACUUGUGUAUAGUUUUUUAUAUAACAUAGUGGUAUAAGAACACUGUAUUAAGCUCUUGUUUUAUUUUAACAAUAAGCAGCAACCGAUGAUGCCAGAAAUAAGAGUUUUAGAUAUAUUUCAUGUACGAAUCUUGUAUUUGUGGUGUGUUAAUAUUAUUGAAUACCCUAAUAAGUGCUGGGGGCUAAAUGAAAAAAAAAUUGUUAGGCGAUUUUCUUUUUUGACUUGUAAGUUGUGGUCACAUCCUUCAUGGGAAAUGACAUUUAAAAAAACAGCUGAGAGUAUUUCUAAUGUUAGAUAGCUUGUAAUGUUAUAGGAGGCACAUGUUUAUUCUAUAGCCCCAAGACAGUUUCUCUGACAAGAUCAAUCUCCCAACUUUUAGUCAGUCUAUGAUUUUCUUACUUGUAAUUGAUAGGCAAUAUUUUAUUAUGUCAAUUUGAGAAUAUAUGAGAAUUCCACUUCACUUUGGAAAUUACGUGUUUAUUGAUAAUUGUCUACUUUUUAUGCAAGAGUUAUUUGCACCACAAUGCACUGUGCCACGAUUGUAAAUCGCACUAAGGAACGUCCAUGGCCCACUAAGUGGCUUUCGUUUUAAAAUGUCACGUACUGAUGGAUUCAACAGUAGUUUGCAAUAAACAGCACUGUAGAAAGGAAGGGCUUGGUAGAUUUCAUUCGAAUGAUGACACUCGUGGAUUUUACGGAUUUCUUUCAAAGAAACGAUUUGUUUUACAUGAUAUCGUUACAGAGAGAAACCCUCUCUUGUAAAACUCUUUACGGAGAAAACACUCUGAACAAGUCCCUUUUCAAGACCUCCAGUCAAACGUUGUGUAAUUCAUCUGUGGUGCCCAAUGAGGAAAUCUAAUUUUUCUCUUGAUUUUCUGAUCUAUAAUAAUUGUUAUUUUUUAAAUGUUACAAAGUUGAAAGAGAAUUCUCUAAAAUUUUGUGAUCUAGCACUGUUGUAUAACAUGCUGUCAUCGAAGCGAACGAAAAGCAAUGUAUAACCUUAAGUUAACAGACCCCUUUUUACAGUGAGUUCGCUUUUACCACCUGCCUCAAAGAUAGAUCUCCUAGGUUCUAAAUUUUUUAAGUAAACUUAUUCCCAAGGGAAAUAGAAAUUGAAAAAAGUGAAGCCAUUCCAUUUUUAGAGUCAGAAUGUGCACAAUUUUCUUAAUUUAGAAUUUGAAAUGGCCAGGUCGUAAUCCGGAAAUUGUACAGCUUCCAUUUGAAAAGUUAGAUACGUCCUGUUCAGGUUUGAGGUAAAGAUUGUUUCUUUUCGAAAACAAAAUUGAAGGAUAAUUACCAUAAUAAUCAAAAGAUGCCCUUUGGUAAUAAAGAUUAAUUGCUUUGAGGAAUUCAAAGCAUUUAGUGAGUAAAUAGUUCUGAAGCCAAGUUAGACAUAAUUAUCUAAAAGCAUAAAAUCAAAUGUUCUGCUGCCCAGGCAUAGAAGACUGCUUGGAUAAAUAAACAGGAAGUUUACAUUUGUGCAGUGUAAAGGGGGUCUUUUGACAUACAAACUGAACAUUUAUGGCAUUGCAAAAAUUACUUUGUCUGAAGUACGCGUCAAUGAAACCGGGUAUCUCUUUUCUGACCUGUCUUGUAUAUCUGCUAGAAAGGACCGUGUGAACUGUAGAAUGUGUUCAGUUAGGUGACUAGAGCAGAACAACGACUUUAAUCUAGCUUUUAGAUGGUCUAAUACUUUACACUUUCUGAAAUGAAACUAAUAUGUGUUUCUGAAGUGUGCUUUGUUUUGAAAGAUCGUGGUCGCCGUUUGAAGAGGUUUACAACUUAAAUUUGCAGGGAAAUGUGUCGUGUUUGUUGCUAAUUUGAGACCGCGCGCAUUUAGGUUGCCUUCCUUCUUACUAAAAAAGCUUCAGAGGUGAGACUUACUCAAAAACGUUCUGCAAUUCAACGUAUAAGCUAUGUCAGCACAAAAGAUAGAGUAUGAAAACGAUUCAGCACAAUGGGCCCUCACCAUGAAGAUUUAGUCAUCAAACGAUCAGUAUGUUGGUAAUAACCGUUAACCCACAAACAUCAAGUUGCCAAUAUUUAAUUUAACAUUCAAAUAGAAAUUGAUGCUCUUUGUUAUAUGCUAAGUAGACUGUAAACUGUAUUAUGCUUUAACGGGAAACACAAUUAUAUCUACCCCAUUAAUGAUCAUUGAAGGUUGACACGAGCUUGAUCAGUAUUAAGUCACAAUAUGAAAAAUGAAAUAGUUGAGACAGUAUUUAAACGAAGUACCUCCAUGUGUAGAAGAGUAACUAACGAUGUCGAGUGUAAUUCUAUUCUACAUAUAGCGAUAGACUCCCCAAACCUCUGUUUUGGUUUGGUAAUCUGACUUUAUUGUGCUUCGCCCUCGUUCUCGCGACUUCGAUAAUCUGACGGAUCCCUACAUGAAUAAUAAACAGUUGAUAUUUUGACUACUUCUUGUUAAUAACAGAGCGUUCUUGGUGGAUAUCUUAAUUUUCAAUCGUAAACAAGGUCUUUGUUAAAAGCACCAGGAGAGAGUAACUGCAUACUAUUUAUCUUCAAUAUUUACCAAAAACAUGGACGCAAAAAUGUUAUCUGCUGCUACAAGGCUGUAAACACAACUGUUGUUUUUAGCUUCCGUAAAGCCACGUGCAAACGGACGCAACACUGUUGGCCAACAACUCGCAACAUUGUAGGAUGCUACGUGUUGCGUCCGUUUGCACACCCUGUUGCAUGUUGUUGCGUGUUGUUGGGAGCUGUUGCCCAAAGUUUGAAACCGGUCAAACUUUUAUCUACGUGCAAACGGACUUAGGAGUUGUUGCGUCCGUUUGCACGAAGCGUAACACACAGUGUGUUUUUUAUGCAGUUAUUUUUAACACUCUGAAGAGUUGUCAGAGAAAUUCUUGUGGUAGUGUGUGUCUCUUGGGCGCCGUAAAAGUUGCUUUUUCCACAAAAGGGUGUAACAUAAUAAUAUUACCCCGGCUGUGCCAGUUGAUUGACUAGUACAAAAUAAUUGAUUUGUCUUUUCAAACAUGAUAUAUUAUUUCAAAGUGAGCCUGGCAUGCUGCUCUCUCACCCUGAGCGAAUUAUUCAUCAAAGGUGCCCUUGCUUUUGAAAUUUUCCCAAAGUCUUUUCCACCUUCCCAGAGCAGGGAGGAACAAAAUAGCUUUCGGGUCCGCCCAUCGAAGGACACCCUUCUAUAAACAUAAGAAACAAUGUUUUAUUGUUCUGUCUUGGUUCUUUUUAAAGCUCUAGGUUUGUCUUGUAAGUCUGGUCUUCAAAAAUGUACUUCAGUCAAUCGAAGUCGGGUACAUAUCGUGAAACAUGUGCAGCGUCUCAAGUAACAUGCGAUGUGAUCAUGAAACAUAACUCUUUGUAAAUAUCUUCUCGGAUACUGAAUUUUAGCAAUAAAUUCUUUGUUUUCGAGCCAACUCUCAACUUUCCUCACGUGAAAGAAACCGAAAUGUUGUAGUAUUUUUAAUCUUUCCAAACAAGAAAACAGAUCUCGAAACUUAUAAUUAGUGGCGCGCGUUUGUCUGACACCGAAACCUAAUGCAACUCGUGCGUGUCAUCUAUGCAGAACUUUCAAAACAACAUACAGUAGUUAGAUCUCGUUAAAUCUAACCUCCUGAAAAUAUUCCAGUUUAGUAUUGAGAACAUUUAAAGCUACCGAAGUGUUGAUUUCGACAGCGAUAGAUUACGGACAGAAACUCGGACUCUUGAGAAAAAAUAAAGGCUUAGGCGGUUCGAGUAAUCGAGAUCUAACCGUAAAUUGGGCUGUUAUUUGUGGGGCUGUUAGGUUGAGGAUAGAGUCAAUUGAUGGAGACUUGAAGUGAAGUUCCAAGUUUUGAUGCUAUGCACGAAACCCCGCUUUGGUGUGAUGAUUCAAAUGAACCUCCCUCGCUAUUCUUUCCGAAUCUUUGUGCUAUUUUUACAGCAUGUUAUUUGGGAUUGAAAGAUUAGAUGUGUGGUGAAACAUUUCAGUUAAAAUACUGAAGUGACCGUAUGAUAGGGCUCGUUUAUCGGGACUAUCUCUAUCACACAGAGACCACGAUCAAUGUAAUGUCUUUGAUUACAAAAAUUACCAUAUGACGGCGUUUCGACGUUUCCAAAUGUCAACUCUGUCGCACUUCACAUUGAAGAAGAUCAUGAUCGGAAAACAUCGAAACGUCAGAACGCGAUAAUCUUCAUAAAUAUAUUUGACAUUCCCUUUAAUUUUAGUUAGGGUUUUAAGAGUUAAUUCUAAUUACAUCUUGCUACAUCUUACCUGUAUUUUCAGAGAUCAAAACAAGUACAAGGAGGCUGCAAAUUUGCUCCACGAUGCGCUGACGAUCCGUGAAAAGACGCUUGGAGAAGAUCAUCCCGCUGUAAGUCGCUGGUGUUUAUUUUGAGGAUUUGUCUGGUUGUGUCUUUCUUCAGUUCAUGUUUACGGCAAGUAAAUGGCAAGAAUUGGCACCUUUCUUACCUGCAUGUUUAGGAAGAUCUGAAAAAAGAAGUCACAAAUCGAAAUCCAUAAAUGUCUGCUGAGCGCGUUCGCUUUGUCAUAUUUAACCGCAGUGUUUGCUUUCGGGUUUUCGAGACUAACGGUUUGCAAAUAUACACCACUCCGAUCAAUUGCGCUACCGAACACGAUCAUCGCUUUGUUUGAACUAGCAUCGAGCUUUUAGAACCUCCCUCAAGACUUUGUUGAGUGCUAGAUAUUUCGGUUGCUUUUUCACUGGCGCGGAGAAUGUUUCUGCUGAAAUUGAAACUUCUUGAAGAGAUCUGUCAAUGAUCGCUUAGUUCUGUCCAUAAAAGGAGCGACAGAGGGGUGUCAUGUUCAUUCUGAGGUCGUCACGCUUCGAUCAAGAGUCUGUUAGCUGAUCCUCUUGUGCGCAGUUGUGCUCUUUGAACAACAGUUUUAAAAUAAACAAAUUUGAAGUAAAUUUGCUUUCAGCGGUCGGUUUGCCAACUACAGAGGACAAAACAUUCCUCGACAGCAAUGAUUACAGGGUAUCUUCGCGAACUAUUAAGUGCCUUGGUGAUCUAUCAGGGGCACUCACCCUCAGAAUUUUAACCUGACAAAGUUUGCAGAAGCAAAUAUUGCCUUGUAUUACCUGAGGACUGGUAAAUUUUCUAGAUGACCGUUCCAUUCAUGUGCAAUUUUCGAAGCUUAUGUAAUAAAUUCCCUACGAUUUUUAUUUUCACUUUUCACUUCCGAGUUGGGCUUUUUUUCGCAGAGAAAAAGGAGGAAACUUAAAAUUUGCGGAUUCAAAAAUGCGGUUGCGAUGGCAACCGGAAAAUGUCUCACUUUCGUGUCAAAUUGAAUCUAAAAUUUUCGGGAAAAUAAUACUCAAGCCCUUGUAAUUUCUAAAAGUCUGGAGUUCUCCUAGGAUGACCUAACAGAUUCACAUUUUAUAGCGCAUUAGGAGGAAACCGUCGUGGGAUGCCACUGAUCUGAUCUGUGUUGACUUAGUUUCGUAAAGUGUGUCGAACUCAAAGUGUUCAAGAAGUGUGUUUCUUAGAACUCGGAGAAUUUCAUUGGCGUCUAAAUUCUCCCAAACAAAAUCAUAACUUUCGCUUUCCGCAGAAAUCGAACUGCCCGUGGAUUAUCUACAUAGCUAUCAACGCGGAAUAGUUUUUCUUCUUCAUUAAAAAUUAUAUUUUUGUUGGUGAGGAUUUAGUUUUUGCCAUUUUACUACUAUAAAUUUAGUGCUUCAUUUUCUUGUUCAGUGCUUGUUUCUAGGUUGAAAUAUAAUUCCAUGUAUUGUCAGUUGCAUUUCAGUUUGAUAUUGGCUUGUCUGCCCUCAACAAUUAGCGGCUAAUUAUAUCUCCUUAGAAAGCACGAGAGAACUGUCCGCGGACUAUAAAUAGCUUUCAUAGUCACGGAAUUUUAAUAGGCUUAUGGUUAUACAAACAAAGUUGAUAAAUAAGCGCAAGUUUAAGAAACUGAAAAGCAGUCUAUUUCAGUUUUGGCGUGGUGCUGUGGAACUAGCGAUCACCAUAUAACGUCAAACAAAAUAUUGUUAUAAGAGAUCAUAAGAAGAUACACACAAAGACCGGGAUAGAACAACCAGUAAAAAAAGGAAGUCAUCACGUGAUCUAUUUGAAAAGUUAAAGCUAUCACAACCACUGCCCCCACCCUCCACUUUUCAAGUUCAAUAUUGUGAUCGGGAAUGUCUAAGAUCACUGUCAAUAAAGAUGUGAUUUAGGGGAGUGAGGGGGGAAGGUACUGAACAAAAGUUUUCAUACGGGGAGGCUCCGCCCGGAGGUCCAACCUCUUACUCAUUCAUACCAUUUUUGACAGAGAAGCCGGAUGCCACUUUCGUAUAGCUUCUAUCGACAAAUGGUACCCCUUUUAAAUACUCAGUUUAGAACUUUACAUCCCUUUUAACUAAUGUAACUGCUCUGUUUUUAAAACAUGAGUAACUCACAAAAGCAGAACGUUUUUUCAAACUGUUUUGCUGACAAAAAGUGCAUCUGGUGGCCAUUGUUACAGACCAACACAACUGAUUUCCCUAUCCUUUCAUAUACUUCAACUAUUGAAAUCCCCACCCUUUUAUGAACCCGAGUCCUGAAAAAAGUAUCCUUUCCGGGGGAAGCCUCUCCAUAUAGGCCAUGAUAGGGAAUACCGCCCGGGAAUGUGAUAACUUGAGAACUUAAAAUUAGUAAAAACCGCAGGGAAUCUUGGGUUUGUAACACAAAUGAAGGCAAAAAAUAGUUCUUAGCACCCGCCAUUUUGCUGUCUUUGAGUGUAUUACACAUUAACUCCAACAUCUGAUACUGUUUUGGAACUGAGUAUGCAGUGCAGCUUGCAUAAAAAAUACGAAAAAAAUCUGAACUGGACCAAAUAGAACGAACAAUUUUGACUGGGUACAGACUCCUCAAUCACCUUGCUCAACCUCAGGAUGAUUAGCCAGAUUGAAUUAAAUCAGAAGCAUAUAACUCUUCAGCUGGGCCGGGUUGUUCAAAGCGGGGUUUAUGAUAACCCAGGGUUAGUGCGAAAUUUGAAUUCAGCUAUAAAAGCUUAAAAGCAAGUUAAGAUUAAUUCUUUUGGUCUGCAACUUGAUGAUUGGAUGCUCUAAAAAGAAUAGGAAAAAUUAUCCGAGACUGAAAAUGCAAAAGAAAACUGAAGAAACCCAGAUUAAAAUUUAACCCCGGGUUAUCACUAAUCGACCCUCCAACAACCGGGCCCAGGGUUAAAUGCUUUUGAUUCAAUCUCAAAUUUGUUUUCCCGAGUUUAUGAUGUAUUAAAAGGCUACUUCCCCCGCAAUAAAACGCGAGAAACCAAUUUUUUUCUGUAGAUUUAGAUUGGCUAAAAAGAACUCCAGCGUUGAAGAACAAACAAAAGUGGCCUUACCUUUUCACUGCUUUUCAUUUUAGGUGGCGGCGACUCUCAAUAAUUUAGCUGUUCUUUACGGUAAAAGAGGAAAGUAUAAAGAAGCUGAACCGCUGUGCAAACGAGCUUUGGAGAUAAGAGAAAAGGUAGGGAGAAUUGCGGAGUUUAUUACUGUUGCAGCAACAAGCAACGGUGUUUUACAGUGUACAUUGUUGCGGUCUUAUGACCAUGAUCUGAGCACUACGUUUCUCCGCUUGUUGUCAACCACCCUUUUCCCGCGCUUUGCGUCGUUUACCACUGUACAUGCAUGUUUCCCGCCACUUUGUAAACGAGAAUGGGACUGGAGGCGAAAUUUGUCCCGCAGUUGUUUCUGGGAUUGUUACUGGGAACGCGCCAGUCAGCUAUUGGCCAAUUUUUCCCCCGUCCUUAGUAACAGUCCCAAAGGUCUUUGCGAAAAGUAACUCGCCCCAGUUCCUUCCCGUGGCGAAUGGCCGGCUGCUUUUUUUUCUCAAGCCCUUAGCAAUUGGUAUAAGGGCACUGCAUGUACUGCUUGUAUUUUUUCUAUAGUAGCAUGUUUUUUACGUUGUUGGGUGCAAAGUUAUUACAAUGCAACGGGCUUUUUAUUGCAGGUACUGGGUAAAGACCAUCCUGAUGUGGCUAAACAGCUGAACAAUCUGGCUUUGUUGUGUCAGAACCAAGGAAAAUAUGACGAGGUAUGUUUAAUAGCUCUUCAUUAAAAAAGAAGUUGAUUGAAGAUAGUAACAAAUUUAAGUAUCUAACUGACCGGUGGAUAGCGCCUACCGUACGCUCUGAUUGGCCAGUCAAAGUUGGGGUUUUAUUGGGUAGUCAACUCUUAACAUUUUUGUAAACAUUUUGCGUGGGAUUUUUCGUAUUUUUUUUUCUUGUCAUACACCAAGUAACUAAUGCGCCCUGUCUAUCCACUCUCUUAUCUAAGGAAUUAUUAAAACUGAUUUUCGUCUAACAGGUCGAACAGUACUAUCAGCGAGCUUUGGAAAUUUACACCACUAAGCUGGGACCAGACGAUCCUAACGUGGCAAAGACGAAAAAUAACUUGGUAUGAACUGUUGGAAAGUUACGAAGCAAUUUAAUUUUCCUUUUGAAUUCCACGUUAAAUGUACCCUCUCUAUUCCAACAGGCUUCCGCGUACUUAAAGCAAGGAAAAUACAAGGCUGCUGAAACACUUUACAAACAGGUACGUAGUGAUAAUGGUGAAGGUAAAAAUUCUGUUUGUUUAUUUGAUUUUUUUUUCUUGUGUUAAGUGAUCGUUUGUGUAAUUGCUUCUUCUCAGGUUCUUACACGGGCUCAUGAGCGCGAGUUUGGGCCUGGUACCGAAUCAUCCCUGGAGGACGACGGAAAGCGCGGGAAAGACAACGCGCCUUACGGCGAGUAUGGCGGCUGGCACAAGGCGGCAAAAGUUGACAGUCCUACUGUCACUACUACUCUUAGGAAUCUUGGCGCUUUGUACCGCAGGCAGGGCAAGUUUGAAGCAGCGGAGACACUAGAGGAGUGUGCACUGAGGUCCCGACAGAACGUAUGUAACGUGAGUCUUACAAAGGUUUGCUAUAAACUUCUUAGCAGUCCUUCAGGAUUGUCGUGUGGGCGCCGGAGCAAGUAACGCGUGAGCGAGGGAGAAGACGCGUUUGGUUUAAUACACCCGCUAAUAAGAACCUAGUGAUUUAAGAACCUGCUGGCAGAAAUUUGCCACUUUAAUACCCAAAAAUAUAAGAACCUGUUUAGCCAAGCAAAAUCAAGCGGGUUCUUAUGUGGGUUACAGGUAAAUUAUGAUGAACAAUUCAACCAACGAGUUGGACGUCGAGUUUGCCAAUUGAUAUUACAAGAAAAUACUGUACUAAACUGGAUUUACAAAUAGAGGUAUUACUGUAAUUCCUACAUCGAAGAAAGGUUAAAAAAGGUACAGAUUGUAAUUGUCUUUAUGAACCUUGCAUAAAGGACGAUUACAAUGUACAGUUGUGCUGAAUAAAUAGUGCAUAUUUAAGAACCAAACGUAAGCAGUCAACAACUAUAUCUCCUUGAUAGAAUUUAAGAACCUAAUUAAGAACCUACCUAGCCUAAAUUGCCAAUAACUACCCCAAAAUGAAAGAACCUUUCUUGACAGACUUCAAAAAAUGUAAGUUCUUAUUAUUCUCAUUUGGGUGUUUACUUUACAUCGCUCGCUUGUAACAUGCUUGCCGGCUCGACAAUCCCGAGGGGCUGCUACACAGUCUAGUUUUACAGUAACUAUUUUAUGACAGUACAGACUGAGGGCAUUGAGCGUCUCACACCACGAGCAGUACCUUGUCUCUCUUGGCUCGCUGCUUUACGGCCACGGCGUUAAACGCGUUCUUUGACUCUAGUCACUUUAAAGAAGUGUUGUAAUCUGAUCUCAGCCUGUGGGCACCAAGGGAUACAGAACGCCAAAUUUUGGGCCAAUUGUUGUGUUUUUUAAAAUAACAGCAUGGUAAACAGUAUCAGAGAUUCCCCGAGAGAGACUACAAGAACUUCAUUGUUUCGCGGGGCCCUUAAAGAACAACCUUGCACCGCCCAGGAAAAUGAACAAUUCCUCAGUACGGGAAUAUAUCUCUCAGUAGGUUUUGCGUGAAUACUACUUACUCUCUAGAUCUAAAUUGUCGUUCAGCACACUUUCUGCACAUUUUAUGUAAUCUUAACUUUGAAAGGGAAUGAAAUCUAUGUGAAUUUUCGUAUCAUAGGCCCUCGACGUUGUUCGUCAGACUAAAGUGGCACAGCUCCUAGCUGAAGACGUUGGCGGCAGUUCAUCUUUCGCUGGAAGCAGCGUAGCAUCUUCCUCUCCAUCUCUGAACGGCAGCAGUAGCAAAACGUCCAUCGAAACCGACAAGGACGAUACCAAUGACGACAAGAAAAACGGAAAGCGUGAGAAAACAUUCUCGCGUCUCAAGAGAACGCUCAGCAGCCGUGGCCAGAAACUGAUGGAGAAGAUGGGCGGCAGCGGUACAAGACUCCAGCGUUCCUCGUCACGUGACAACCUAGCCCAUCAUGCCAAGCUCUCCCCUUCGGAGAGGAUUUCUCGUAGCACCCCUAUGCUUGCGCAGCCGCAACCUGAUCCCGACAGGGGUAGAUCGGGGAGUGUUAGUACCCGGGGAGCGCAUAUAGGGUCUUGAUGGAUAGGUAGCUAAAGAGAGAUUGGAUCAAUUUAGUUUCUGGGGAAAUUGCCCACCUACCCCUCUCCUAAGCUAACAUCAACAGUUACUUCUUACUUAUGGCAAAACAGUGGCGUAGGGAAGGGGAAGGUGGGCAGUUUCCCAGAACCUUAAAUUGAUCUCAGACAUUGUGUUUUUAUUUUCUUCAGUGGGCCAUUUAAGUCUUAACAACUUUGUCUCGAGGUAUACCUUCGACAAUGAUCAUUCAAAACAUCCUAUUUUCAUAUAUUUUUAUUUGGAGGAUUACUGUACUGGACUGAAGUUUCAGUGCGAAGGUUUGGUAGUGGGGUGCGAGAAAACCAUUUUUUUUCGCUGGACGGCUCACUAUCCCUCCCCGCCGGACAAAGCUCGCUUGCUGUUUGUUUCCUACCUUGUGUUUACCUAGUUUAGGUGUUUUAAUAUGACCCCAUGUUGAUAGCUAUUCACAACUUUAGGUUUUGAUAUUGGAAUCAUUGCAGGAGAGGUCUGUUGCAUUGGCGGGCGAGGGAACCCGGCAGCUCUAGUUGGAUUUUAAACCUAUCGUAGUUCAGCUUUAUUUGAUUAACGUCUGAACUUUCCCUCAAGUACAUGUAGCGUGCAAAAAAAAAAACGGUUUCUCCUCUCUAUUCGCUGCUGGUGACGUUUCGCCCGAAACAUCCCCAUAGUACAGAACCAAGUCAGGUUUGAAAAACCUAAUAUUGCUCUAGUUUCUCUUUUCUAUUUUUGGUAAUUUUCAAUAUUUAUUAUGAGUCUGUUGGUCGUACGGUAUUUCGACCAACGAAUUCUUUUUGUUUUGUUCUUUUUCUUUUUCUUCAAGGUAAUCAGCAUUAAUCGAAUAAUAUUUAAU